UUGAGUAAAUGCUGGAUUGCACAGUAAAAAUGGCUCUGUUUAAGUGAGCCCAAAAUCAAGGAAUAAACAGUUGAGCAACAGUGAUGCAUGAAGGUCCAACAGCCGCUUUGCCCAUCCAGCAGCACCCUCACCAACACGUUUGUCCCAAGGCUGUGUGUGUGCCUUUGGGUGGCCUACAGGGUGAAGUUCCCCCUAUGGUUCAGAGCUCUGACACCCCACUGAGAGCCAUGUCUGAGCCUGUUCCUUUGCUGCAUUGUGCACCAGAUCCAGUGGUGCUUCAGGCUCAGAGAUGGACAGGGGAGGACCACAGUGAGCUCCAGAGGGAGAAUAGCUCCCCCUGUGUCUCUGCUGAGCUGGACUCCAAGGAGAAGGGACCCUGUGGAUCCACCCAGAGUUCAGAAGGAGCAGGUGUAGACAUGGAGGUGUUGAACCGAGAGUCAGAGCCAGAGAAUGUGAAGCAUGGCCAAGCUGCAUUACCUCAGGAACAAGAAGAAGGCUCAAGUCCAGAUGAUUAUCUUUUCCACAUGCCAACGCUUUUUCCUGCUGAGGCUAAAGAUCCUGGUAACCAUCUGCCAGUUUCUGUGGACACAUCAGAGGAUUGUUCUUUAGAUCUGCUCAGAGUAGUAAGGCACAAGCCAAGUGCCAUUGUGUUCGAUGAUUACGACCAGAGCAGUGACAAUCACAGAAACCUUGUCGACGAGCGCACAGAUGGUGAGGAGUCCUCAACCACUGCCGAAGAGAGUGAGGGUGACGGGGAUGACGACAGGGAAGACGAUGAUGUUUUUCCUGACAUGUUACAAUAUAAGGAAUUCCUGGUCAGCCGUCGCCGUAGAAACUUGAGCAGGAACAGGAAGUGGUUGAGGAAGAGAUCGGACGCCCUGCCCAGUAGCAUUUCUGGCUGGCAAAACCCCACCAGUAAAUGCAAACCUGGGAGCCCAGGUAGUGAGGGGGAGGAAGAGGAUGCAGUGAAGAACAAUGGCAAAGAGGUUCGAGGCGUUGCAUGUGACUCAAUCACCCAGCUGAUGAGGAAGCUGGACCAGCUCAACCAGGACGUCCAGGAAGUCCACAGCACUAGCUCCUCCCACUCAGACACGGCCAGUGCUGACCAGGAGCAAAAGACCACAACGGCUGCUCUUCCUGCGGGCAGGAUGGCAGGCCGAGCCCCGAGCCUGGAUCAGGGAACUUCCAGAGCUCCAGAUAGACCUGAGCCGCUGACUAGACACCGCUCCCGCCCGCUGACCCGCAGCAGACCCCUGACCCGCUCCUCCCUCUCUUCCCCAGCUCACCUCCAUGCUCGACGGGCAAGGGUUGCAGCAAGAAUGACGAGUGGAUCGGCAGAGAUUGAAGCUAAGGAGGCUUGUGAUUGGCUGAGAGCAGCAGGGUUUCCACAGUACGCCCAGCUCUAUGAAGACUCCCAGUUUCCAAUUGACAUUUCGGCGGUGAAAAGGGACCAUGACUUCUUGGACAGGGAUCUGGUCGAACCCCUAUGUCGACGUCUGAACACCCUGAACAAGUGUGCCUCCAUGAAACUGGAUGUCAGCCAUCCCAAGAAGAAAGCUGAUGACUCUGAUGAGGAUGACCCACUGGCGAUCAGUAAACGAUGGACAUUUGAGUGGAGCAGCCGGCGCUGGUCUCGCCUGCAGGAUUUCUUAUUGGACAGCACCAAUGAAAGCAGCCCUACAGGCCAGGGGGAAGGGCUGCACAGCACUGUGAGCAGUGAGAGUGUUUUAACUGACCUGAGCGAACAGGAGAUCACAGAAAUCUCCUCACUCCACAGUGAGGACUCUGCCUCCGCCAUGCCUGACUCUGUCUCAAUGGCGUCCCUUGCCGCUUCCUACCAACCUCCCAGGGAACUUCCGCACUACAACUCCCUGCCGAUCAAAAGCAGCCGCCAUGGGCAAGGAGGGCGGAGUAAAGCCAAGGAGUUCUUGCGCCGAAUGGAAAUAAUGCGCACAUGGGGGCCAUCGACGAGACGGAAAAGCUCGAGUCGCAGGCCCCCGCUGGUCAUCAGUGGGCCGGUGUUACAGGGGGAGGAACCUCAGGCCCUACAGAUGCUCCAGUGUACCCCCAUCAGCCAAUUGGAAAACAGCCCUAAACACAACCACCAAACUGAUGGCAGCACGUCCUCUGUCUCUCCUGGCAACAACUGUAAAGACCAAACAGUGGUGAACAUGAGUCCCAGCAGUGAGACCGUGGCCCCCAGUGUGAAGGAGAAUACAUAUAAAAGGCCCCGCCCUGCCAGUAAGAGAGGGAGUGUGUAUCUAGAAGACAUGGAGCUGCCUUCUCAGGGCAAAAGAACUGAAGGACAGAGCCAGUUUGGCAGAAACCAGUUCCACUCCUAUGAAAACCUCCUCAUUCACAUCCCUAAAGACCACAAGCCAGGCACUUUUCCAAAAGCUCUGUCUAUAGAGAGCCUGGCUCCAUCCCCUGAUGACAGAAACAAUGCCAACCAGACACAGUCACAAACUUCUCCACCCAACAUUUGCCUGGGUGAGCCCUGGUCUGGGAAACCCCUGUCCAAGCCCUGUCCGGGAGCUCCGCGGGGCAGCAGGGUGAGUGUUUAUGACAAUGUGCCGGGGUCCCACCUGUACGCCAGCACGGGAGAUCUGAUGGACUUUGAGAGAGAGGACAACUUGUUCCCUCACCUGGAUGACAUCAUCCAGCACGUCAGCGGUUUGCAGCAGAUUGUGGACCACUGGACUCGCAGUGUGUUGCCUGAGGGUGAGACAGGGGAGGGAGAGGGGGAGGAGGAGGGGGAGGGCAGGACCACCCCUAGUGAAGGCGAUAGAGAUGGGGUUUCCUUGAAUGACACUGACUCUACAGGGACCAGCCGUGAGAGGCGGGACUCUGGAGUGGGAGCCUCGCUAACCAGACCACGACUACGAUGGCCCAGUUUCAGAAUGUCAGACCCUUUAAGCCAACCAGCAUCUUCGCUACAGAUCAGUUGCCAAUCAGCAGGCCAGCUCAGUUUACUACAAAAGUUCUCUUUGCUCCGCCUCACCGCCAUCAUGGAGAAAUACUCAAUGUCUAAUAAACAUGGUUGGACAUGGUCUGUGCCAAAAUUUAUGAAGCGUAUGAAGGUGCCAGACUACAGAGAGAAGAGUGUGUUUGGUGUUCCACUUAUCGUGCAUGUCCAGCGCUGUGGUUAUCCACUCCCUCUGUGUUUACAGCAGGCCCUCAGCCACCUCAGGACACACUGUCUGGACCAGGUGGGAUUGUUCCGUAAAUCGGGUGUGAAGUCUCGUAUUCAGGCCCUGAGGCAGCAGUGCGAGCUGUCUCCUGACUCUGUGAGCUACGAGGACCAGUCGGCUUACGACGUGGCUGACAUGGUCAAACAGUUCUUCAGAGAUCUGCCUGAACCUCUGCUCACCAGCAAGCUUGGGGAAACCUUCCUGCACAUAUACCAGUAUGUCCCAAAGGAGCAGAGGCUUCAGGCUGUGAGAGCGGCCAUUUUGUUGAUGUCGGAUGAGAACAGGGAAGUGCUGCAGACGUUGCUCUACUUCCUGCAUGAUGUCACUUCCUUGGUGGAGGAGAACCAGAUGACGCCGAUGAACUUGGCUGUGUGUCUGGGUCCCUCGCUGUUUCACCUCAACAUACUGAAGAACGAGAUGCUGUCACCGAGGUCAAUCCAGAGGAAGUACACCACGGGACGUCCCGAUCAGAAGGACCUGAGUGAGAACCUGGCUGCCACCCAGGGCCUGGCUCACAUGAUCACUGAGUGCCAGCGCCUAUUUCAGAUCCCAGAGGAGAUGGUGACCCAGUCUAGAAACUCCUACAUGGAGGCUGAGCUGCUGGCGCCCCCGCUGGACGAGCUGUGCAAGGCUCACGAAGAGGAGGUGGAGGAGGACGAGGAGGAUGAGGAAGAGGAAGGGUCCUACCGUGCACACCUUGAAGGGCUCGUCCAGAGCUUGCUGAAAGAGGCCAAAGACAAGAGCAAAGGCUGGGUGUCCCGCUCCACUGCUGAUCAUACAGAGCUGGCGUCUAAAAAGGUGGGAGAUGGGAACCCACUGCGGCGGUGGCGGGUGAGUGUGGAGGUGUUGGCCCCUCCCAAUGAUGUGCUGCAGCGGCUGCUGAAGGAGCGCCCCCUGUGGCAGGCCGACCUGCUGCAGGAGAAGGUUCUGGAGACGCUGGAUAAGCAGUCCGAUGUGUACCAGUACUCCUGCCACAGCAUGGCACCUCUGCCCAGCAGUGACUAUGUGGUACUAAGAUCCUGGCGCACAGACCUGUGUAAGGGCUCCUGUGCAUUGGUGUGUGUGUCCGUCGAACACGACGACAGCCCCCGCAUGGGUGCAGUGAGGGGCGUUGUGCUGGAGUCCCAGUACCUCCUGGAGCCUUGUGGCACUGGGAAGACCAGGCUCACACACAUCUGCAGAGUGGACCUCAGGGGCCGGUCUCCAGAGUGGUACAACAAGGCAUUUGGUCACCUGUGCGUCAAUGAAGCCCACAGGAUCCGCUCCUCUUUUCAACCUCUAGAUCACACAAGCACAGAGGCCAAGAUCUGAAACCCACACAACAAGCUUUAUCAAGGCGGCGCUGCCAGGGCAGCAGGGCCUGAAAACUGAGAAUCUACAGGGGGCAAGCAAAGGAUCUAGGGAACUGUAGUUUCAAGCAGUCGGCCUACACUAGUCCUUUGUUAUGGACCUCAAGCUAGCAGUCCUUUUACCCCGCUGAGCCAAACUGAGCUUCACGGUACCAUACUGAACUGGCCUGAAAUCAUUCACACACAGAAAUGGGAGGAGCAAAAUUUUUCUCAUGUGUGGCUGGAGAUAACAGCAUGUGAGUCAACGUGGCAUAAGCAGCAUUAGAAUAAAUUCUGUUCAGGCGUCCUCAGAAUGCAUAUCAUUAGCUAUUUAUUUUAUGGAUCAUGAGUUCUCAAGCCAUCGUUCUCACAGCUGAACUGUGGUAAUGCACCACGGCUGGUUUUCAAACUGCAGAUUUUUU